AUGUACGUUGCUGUUGUUGUUCUAGAAAGAGCCAAGAUACGAAAAAACGUUGCGCUGAAGAAGCUGCAAGUUCCAAAGAUUCCUGAAACGGCUACACACCCUCCCGCUAACCUCGACGACAAGUUCGUGGUUCGCAUUGACGGCGUCGACCAUGAAAUCCGAGCUCAAGACUUAGUGUUGAUUAAGGAGCUCGGUCGCGGCGGAUACGGCAUCGUCGAGACCAUGCGGCACCCGCCCACUGAUCAAGUGUUUGCCGUAAAGCGAAUCCACGUUACCUUGAACGACGAGGUGCAGAAGCGGAUGCUCAUAGAGUUGAAUGCAAGCAUGAAGAGUGGCCAAUGCCCAUACAUGGUGCACUUCUACGGCGCUAUGUUUCGUGACGGAGACGUCUGGUUAUGCAUGGAAGUGAUGGACACAUCAGUUGACAAGUUCUUUCGCAUGUGUUCCGACCUUAGACGACCCAUUCCGGAACCGGUGCUUAGUCGACUCGCUUAUUCGGUCAUUGUUGCACUGGAUUACAUGAAACGAGAGUUGCACCUAAUGCAUCGUGAUGUCAAGCCCAGCAAUAUCUUGAUAAAUCGUAAAGGCGAGGUUAAACUUUGUGACUUUGGUAUCAGCGGGUACCUAACUGACUCAUUGGCGAAGACCAUCAAUGCCGGAUGCAAACCGUACAUGGCUCCCGAACGUAUCGACCCGCAGGAUGCAGCGCAGCAGGCAUAUGAUAUUCGUUCAGACGUAUGGAGUCUAGGUAUAACGAUGUUCGAAAUUGCCACAGGCACACAUCCAUAUUCGAAGUGGAAAACGCCGUUCGAACAGCUGAAGCAAGUCGUCUUGGAGCCACCCCCAACAUUACCCCAAGGUGUCUUUUCUGUGGAAUUCUGUGAUUUCAUCGCUCUAUGGUAA